AUGGGCGGCGUCAAGACGUUCAUUAAGACUUUUCCGGAUGCGAUCAUCGACUUCUUCAACCUCCCAGAAACGAUCAUGCAUCUCUGCGGAUAUGGUCAGAAAGGCAAAGAAUACAAUAUCUUGGAAGGCUUCCGGGGUCUCACACGUCCAGGGGAGAUGGUCUUGGUUCUGGGGCGCCCGGGUUCAGGCUGUACAACGUUUCUGAAGGUGAUUGCCAACCAGCGUUUUGGAUAUUCUGGAGUCGACGGCGAGGUUCUUUACGGACCUUUUGAGUCCGAGACUUUUGCGAAGCGGUUCCGGGGAGAAGCCGUGUACAACCAGGAGGAUGAUAUCCACCAGCCAACUCUGACCGUUAAGCAAACUCUGGGGUUUGCAUUGGAUACGAAAACCCCGAGAAAGCGGCCGAUGGGCGUUUCCAAGUCGGAGUUUAAGGAAAAGGUCAUCAACAUGCUGCUGAGAAUGUUCAACAUCGAGCAUACCGCCAACACUGUCAUUGGUAACCAGUUUAUCCGUGGUGUCUCGGGCGGCGAACGACGUCGCGUCAGUAUUGCUGAAAUGAUGAUCACGUCUGGAACGGUGCUGGCCUGGGAUAAUAGCACUCGUGGCCUUGAUGCGUCGACUGCGCUUGACUUCGCUAAGUCUCUACGUAUCUUGACAAAUAUCUACAAGACCACCACGUUUGUGUCACUGUACCAGGCUUCAGAGAAUAUCUAUAAGCAAUUUGACAAAGUGCUUUUGAUUGACAGCGGUCGCCAGGUAUACUUUGGCCCUGCGAGCGAAGCUCGAGCAUAUCUCGAGGGCCUUGGAUUUCGAGAAAAGCCUCGUCAAACUACUCCUGACUAUCUGACCGGGUGUACAGACCCAUUUGAGAGAGAGUUCAAAGAUGGUAGGAGCACGGAGGAUGUUCCAUCAACUCCGGCAGCACUAGUUGAGGCAUUUGACAAGUCUAUCUACAGCCGGAGACUGGAUGAAGAGAUGCAGUCGUACCGCAAUCAAGUCCAACAGGAAAAACAAAUCUACGAUGACUUUGAGAUCGCAAAUCGGGAGGCAAAGCGCAAGUUCACCUCUGCGUCAUCUGUGUAUUCAAUUCCUCUCCAUCUCCAGAUUUGGGCAUUGAUGCAACGUCAGUUUUUGAUCAAAUGGCAAGACAGAUUCGCACAAACUGUAUCUUGGAUCACGUCUACUGGUGUAGCUAUCAUUCUGGGUACAGUUUGGCUCAAGUUGCCAGAAACCAGCUCCGGUGCCUUUACUCGGGGUGGCCUUCUGUUCAUCAGUUUGCUGUUCAAUGGCUUCCAGGCAUUCGCGGAAUUAGGAGGGACCAUGAUCGGCCGCUCCAUCGUCAACAAACACCGGUCAUUCACUUUCUACAGACCAAGCGCUCUCUUCAUUGCGCAGAUUAUUGUCGACACCAGCUUCGCCAUCGUCCGAAUUCUGCUUUUCAGUGUCAUCGUAUACUUCAUGUGUGGCCUGGUCCUUGAUGCUGGAGCUUUCUUUAUCUUUGUCCUGAUUAUCCUUACUGGUUAUGUUUGCAUGACCGUGUUUUUCAGAACAAUUGGCUGUCUGUGUCCUGACUUCGACUACGCCAUAAAAUUCGCCUCUGUCAUUAUCACACUCUUUGUCUUGACUUCGGGCUAUUUGAUCCAGUGGUCCGGUGCACAAGUGUGGCUCAGGUGGAUAUACUACAUCAACCCCUUCGGACUGGGCUUUGCAGCCUUGAUGGUCAACGAAUUCAGUCGCUUAACAAUGACCUGCACCGAGCAAUCUUUAAUCCCUAAUGGGCCUGGAUAUGGCAACAUUGCUCAUCAAGCCUGUACUCUGGCGGGAGGCAAGCCUGGUUCGCCAAUCAUUCCAGGCUCCAGCUACAUCGCGCAAACAUUCAGCUAUCUCACGGGAGACCUCUGGCGAAAUUUCGGGAUCAUGCUCGCGCUCAUCGUCGGUUUCCUUGCAGCAAAUCUGUAUUUCGGUGAGACCGUUCAGUUCGAGGCAGGCGGAAAGACGAUUACGUUCUUCCAGAAAGAGAACAAGGAGCGCAAAGAACUGAAUGAGGCCUUGAUGGAAAGGAAAGCCAAUCGCCAAUCAAAGGCUGUCGAAACGGGCGAGAAUUUGAAAAUCUUGUCAGAGUCAGUGUUCACUUGGGAAGAUGUUAAUUACGAAGUUCCGGUGCCAUCGGGGACCCGACAACUCUUGAAUUCCGUUUAUGGAUAUGUUCAGCCCGGGAAGCUUACUGCUUUGAUGGGUGCGUCAGGUGCGGGGAAGACAACAUUGUUGGAUGUACUAGCAGCCCGGAAAAACAUUGGCGUGGUGUCAGGCGAUAUUUUGGUUGACGGAAAGCCCCCCGGGACAUCUUUUCAGAGAGGCACAUCUUAUGCCGAGCAGCUGGAUGUCCACGAGCCGAUGCAGACUGUGCGAGAGGCGUUAAGAUUCUCUGCUGACCUUCGUCAGUCCUUUGAGACACCCCAGUCCGAAAAAUAUGCAUAUGUGGAAGAAAUCAUUACGCUUCUCGAGUUGGAGAGCCUCGCAGACGCAAUUAUCGGGACACCUGAGACUGGACUGUCAGUUGAAGAACGAAAGCGUGUCACCAUCGGUGUAGAAUUGGCUGCCAAACCGGAGCUUCUGCUCUUCUUGGAUGAGCCAACUUCUGGCCUGGAUGGCCAGUCUGCUUUCAACAUCGUUCGUUUCCUCCGCAAACUUGCUGCCGCUGGCCAGGCUAUUCUCUGUACCAUCCACCAGCCGAACUCGGCAUUGUUCCAGAACUUUGACCGGUUGUUGCUCCUCCAGCAUGGAGGCGAGUGUGUCUACUUUGGCGAAAUCGGACAUGAUUCACAAGUUUUGCUGGAAUACUUCCGACGCCAUGGUGCCGACUGUCCAGCAGAUGCCAACCCAGCGGAAUGGAUGCUCGACGCCAUCGGGGCUGGCCAAACCCGUCGGAUUGGAGAUCGUGACUGGGGUGAUAUCUGGCGUACUUCCCCCGAACUGCAGCAACUCAAAAAGGAUAUUCUCCAGAUUAAAAAAGCCCGGAGCCAGGCAGUGCAACAGAUUCAAACCCAAGAUACCAUUGAAACGGAAUAUGCCUCGCCGCUCUGGCAUCAAAUCAAGGUGGUUGGCCGACGCACAAACCUUGCUUUUUGGCGCUCGAGGAACUACGGGUUUACUCGCCUGUUCACACACGUGGUGAUUGCAGUGAUUACUGGGCUUGCAUUCCUACAGUUAGAUGACUCGCGUUCAUCGCUACAGUAUCGGAUUUUCGUCAUUUUCAAUGUGACUGUGCUCCCAGCGAUCAUUUUGCAGCAGGUCGAGCCACGGUACGAUAUGGCGCGCUUGAUCUUCUACCGAGAAUCGGCUUCCAAGACCUAUGGUCAAUUCGCCUUCGCGCUCUCCAUGAUCGUUGCUGAACUUCCAUACAGCAUCUUGUGCGCAGUAUGCUUCUUCUUGCCUCUGUACUACAUUCCAGGCUUCCAGUCCGCUACCAGUCGAGCUGGCUACCAAUUCCUUAUGGUACUCAUCACCGAGAUCUUCGCCGUGACUCUGGGCCAAAUGAUUUCAGCCUUGACUCCAAACAGCUUUAUUGCCUCUCAGCUGAACCCGCCCAUCGUGAUCAUCUUCUCGCUCUUCUGCGGUGUCGCAAUCCCCAAGCCUCAGAUGCCUGGCUUCUGGCGCGCCUGGCUGUAUCAGCUUGACCCGUUCACCCGUCUCAUUGGGGGUAUGGUGGUAACAGAGCUUCAUGGGCGCGAGGUCGUCUGCACAAAAAGCGAGUACAAUCAAUUCCAGGCACCAUCGAACGAGACGUGUGAGGAAUAUAUGAAGCCAUUUUUCGAGCGCGGGGGACCUGGCUAUAUUCUCAACAACGCGACACAGGCUUGCGAGUAUUGCGCUUACAAGAUCGGAGACCAGUUUUACUCGAAUUUCAGCAUGUCUUUCAGCAAUCGCUGGCGGGAUCUGGGUAUUUUCAUGGCGUUCAUUGGAUCUAAUCUCAUUAUCUUAUUCCUGGCGUCUCGGUUCUUCAACUUCAACCGAAGAUAA